CUCUACCUGGCCGUAUUUCAUCAUCAAAGUGCCAGCUUUGAGAAGAUGCUCCAAAACAGGCUUCUACUGUAUGCCUCUGGCAUCCUGGGCACCCUGUGGUAAGCUGAUAAGGAGAUUUUCCAGACCAACAUUUCUUUUCCUAAUGCUACCAUGACCAUGGCAGUCCUGAAAGUCAAAUUCACCAAAACAAAGAGAGACAAAUUGGCUCAAAUCCUGUGGAUCUUCAACUGGAUAUCGGUGGUGUUUGGUAUAGUUUUGUUCAGCCUGGGACUCUUCCUGAAGAUAGAAAUCCGGAAGCGUAGUGAACUGAUGGCCAAAGGAGACAUUACCGCUGCCCCUAACAUGCUUAUCUCUGUAGGGGUUAUAGCAUGUUUCAUCAAUUUCCUCGGAGGCAAAAUCUGUUAUGACUGUACUGACACUGACAAGUUUAAUCGAUGGAAGGUGGUUGUGCUCCCGUACAUUGUAUGCGCAUUCUGUUUCACCUUCUGCAUCUUGGGCGGGGCUAUUUUGUGUUACACUACGAGGAAUGAGCUGGAGGAAUCUCUGUACCUGGGACUGAGAGAUGCUAUUAGGUUCUACAAAGACACAGACAUCCCUGGACGGUGUUUUUUAAAGAAAAUUAUAGACACGUUACAAAUCAGAUUCCAGUGCUGUGGAAACAAUGGUUUUAGGGAUUGGUUUGAAGUUCAGUGGGUGUCAGUUCGUUAUCUGGAUAUGACUUCCAAGGAAGUUCUAGAUCGCCUGAACAAUAACAUCGAUGGGAAGUUCUUAGUGGACGGCGUGCCUUUCAGCUGCUGCAAUCUGAACUCCCCUCGGCCUUGUAUUCAAUACGAAAUCACCAACAACAGCGCUCACUACAACUACGAUUUUCUGACAGAAGAGCUCAAUAUUUGGAUGAAAGGCUGCAGGGAGGCCCUUCUGGACUAUUACACUGACAUCAUGAAAGUCAUUGCUGCCUCUAUUGUCCUCAUCUGGUUGUUUGAGGUGUCUGUGCUUACUGGGUUCCGUUACCUUCAAACUGCAAUGAGUAAUGUUGUGCUGCUAGGUGAUCCACAAAGUGAUUCAGAUGGCUGGUUACUUGAGAAUAGCUUUCUUGAAACUGCCAAAUAUAACAUCAACGUCAUUAAAAACCUGGGCAAAGCCAAUCAGAUAUCCAUGGUCUCAGGAAUGAGUGACUCCAACAUGGAUGUCCAAACUGCAAACCAUGGCCCACAAAACAUUCCAACAAAAUCCAUUCCAAAACCUUAA